AUGAAGCGCGGCGGCUCUGGCCGAGGCUCCAACGCGCGGAGGGGGCCCAAGGGCGCAAGACACGGGAAGGUCCAGAAAAAUGGGGGAAAGGGCAGCGUGCCCAAGCACGUGCACAGUGAGCACACACGGCACGAGACCAGCGCCUACCAGGCGCCUGAGAGUGCAGUUGAGGAGUCUGACAGUGAUAACGAAGGGAGCUCGGGGUACAGGAAGGGUGGGUACCAUCCAGUCCGAAUUGGGGAGAGGUUCAAGGAUGGCCGGUACACUGUGCAGCGGAAGCUGGGUUGGGGACACUUCUCCACUGUGUGGCUGGUGCAUGACGCCGUGACGGGUGGCCAGGUCGCGCUGAAAGUGCAGAAGAGCGCUUCCCAGUACAGUGAGGCGGCGAGGGAUGAGAUUGACCUCCUGAUGCAGAUCAGGGAUGGGGACCCUGAUGUGGAGAGCUGCUGCUGUCGCCUGUUGGACUGGUUCGAGCACCAGGGGCCCAACGGGAGGCAUGUCUGCAUGGUGUUCGAGGUCCUUGGGGACAACCUACUCAAGCUCAUCAAGCAUUAUGACUACAAGGGGAUUCCCCUGCCGGUCGUGCGGAAUGUGACCAGGCAGGUGCUCAUUGGUUUAGACUACCUGAAGCGGCAGUGCAGGAUCAUUCACACAGACCUGAAGCCUGAGAAUGUGAUGCUGUCAGAGCCACUCUCGAUGAGGAGGCACGUGCCGGCCCCUGCUAUGGAUCUGGCACUGAAGGCACACCUUGCCAGACAGGGAGGGGGGCAACAGCUGACCAAGAGCCAAAAGAAACGGAUGAAGCGAAAGCUGAAAAAAGCAGCUGAAAAGUUGGCUUUGUCUCAGUGUCCUGAUGGCAGUGGAGUGAAGAUGGAGACAGCCCUGCCAGAGCCAAGCCAUUCCAACGAUUUGCCACAGCCAUCUGGAACUGCUGAAGGCCAUGACGAGAGCUGUUCCACUGCAGGCGUGGGCAUCAGGAGUGCGGAUGAAAUGGCUUCGUGUGGGACAUCUUCGAAGUUGACUGUGGACAUGCGAAACCUGCCAUUGACUGCCGAGGAGCUAGAAACUGUCAGUUGCAAGAUCGUCGACUUUGGAAAUGCAUGCUGGACUCACAAGCACUUCACCAGUGACAUACAGACGAGGCAGUAUCGUUGCCCCGAGGUCCUGCUGGGCGCCAAGUACUGCACUCCAGCUGACAUGUGGUCGCUGGCCUGCAUGGUGUUUGAGCUGGUGACAGGCGACUUCCUGUUCGAUCCACACAGUGGAGAGAACUACAGCCGGGAUGAGGACCAUUUGGCCCUCUUCAUCGAACUCCUGGGCAAGCCUCCAAGGAGGAUCUCCCUCAGUGGUAAAUAUGCAAGAGACUUCUUCAACCGCAAUGGCGACCUGCGCAACAUCAAGCACCUCAAGUACUGGCCCCUGGAUCGGGUGCUGUUAGAGAAAUACAGGAUGCCCCUGGAGGAGGCGCUGGGGCUGACAGACUUCCUGCUGCCGAUGCUGCGCUACGACCCAAAGGAGCGCGCCACGCCGAGGGAGAUGCUGGGGCACCCCUGGCUGCGGGGCGAGCUGCCUUACGUGGACGAGGAGUCGCCGCGGGGGUCGCAAUGGCGGCAACCUGGGCGAUCGAAAAAGUACGCCUCAAGGUCGAGAUCCAGGUCCUGGUCUUCCGCCGACAGCGAACGAUGGAGCUCGAGGUCCAGGUCGGCGUCCAGGUCCCCUGACAGGGCCAGGGCGACAAAGUCUGCAGGCCAGAGCUUGCAGGCUCACUGUGAAACGCGGUCGGCCUUCCGUGGAUCGCAGGAGAUGUUCGCUGACAGUCAGGGGAGGCAACGCAGUGCGUGGCAGGCAGCAGCUGUUGCAGGCAGCGCUCCCUGCAAUCCGAGCAUGGGGCAUGCACCCGAUUGGAUCAUGGCUGGAAAGGACAAGGGAGCAGCUGCGCCUUGCACAGACAGUGAAUGCCUUGGCCAGAGUCGCGAUGGUGGGCUGGGCAAGGACUGGCACAGCGGUUGCAACAGUCAUAGGGCCCUUGUGUCAUUGACUGAGUCUCUUGACAGCGUGGACUUGAAGGGGGCGUCAUUUGGCAGCAAACAGGGCACUGAGUUGGGCUUCUCUGGGGCAGCGGAGGGCACACAAGGGUUAGACAGAAUGCUGUCCAGUUUAGAGAGCUAUGAUGGGGGACAGUACGGCAGUGGUGCAAGAACCCUAGGCUCAAAAUCAGAGAGCCUGCAGCGUGGGGGCUUUGCUGAGAAGCUGCUGGUCUGUGAAUGA